UCCUCUGCGCCCGCGAGGCCGCGGUGCUCUGGCCGGCCGCCCUCGGGCCGCUUCCGUGGGGGCAGAGCGGGUGGCUGGGCCCCGCUGGCCGGAAGAGGAAGCGCACUCGGAUUGCGAGGCUGCCAACGUUCGCUAGGCGCCCCUGAACGCUGGCUGCUGCCCGCUCGGACUCGCACGUCCGUUAUCUUGAUAGAGCCUGGCUCGGGUUGGGAUGCCGGGGACGGUCCGGGCUUACGGAGGAGGAAACGGAAGUCUGCAAAGGCGAAGGGGUUCGCCUGAGGAUUGGAUGGUGAGAAAAGGGAAGAUUCCUGUGAGAAGAGAUCAGGAUGAACGGAGAGAUCUGGGCUUAAAGUUGGGCCAGGUGAAAAUGGUCUCUUUGAAAAUAGAGAUCUGAGCGGAUGAGAAUACAAUCAGGAAAAUGCAACAUGGCAGCAGCAAUGGAAACAGAACAGCUGGGUGUUGAGAUAUUUGAAACUGCAGAGUGUGAGGAAGGAACUAUUGAAUCACAGGAUCGACCUAAACUGGAGCCGUUUUACGUCGAACGAUAUUCUUGGAGUCAGCUAAAAAAGCUGCUUGCUGAUACCAGAAAAUAUCAUGGCUACAUGAUGGCUAAGGCACCGCAUGACUUUAUGUUUGUAAAGAGGACAGAUCCAGAUGGCCCUCACUCAGACAGGGUCUACUAUCUUGCCAUGUCUGGUGAGAACAGAGAAAAUACACUAUUUUAUUCUGAAAUCCCUAAAACCAUCAACAGAGCAGCAGUCUUAAUGCUUUCAUGGAAACCUCUUUUGGACCUUUUUCAGGCAACACUAGACUAUGGGAUGUAUUCUCGAGAGGAAGAGCUACUCAGAGAAAGAAAGCGAAUUGGAACUGUGGGAAUUGCAGCUUAUGAUUAUCACCCAGGAAGCGGGACAUUCCUGUUUCAAGCUGGUAGUGGAAUUUACCAUAUCAAAGAUGGAGGCCCACAUGGAUUUACGCAACAACCUUUACGACCCAAUUUAGUGGAAACAAGUUGUCCCAACAUACGGAUGGAUCCAAAAUUAUGCCCUGCUGAUCCAGACUGGAUAGCUUUCAUUCACAGCAAUGAUAUCUGGAUAUCGAACCUGGUAACCAAGGAAGAACGGAGGAUCACCUAUGUGCACAAUGAGCUAGCCAACAUGGAAGAGGAUCCCAGAUCAGCUGGAGUUGCUACCUUUGUUCUUCAAGAAGAAUUUGAUAGAUACUCAGGCUACUGGUGGUGUCCACAAGCUGAAAGAACUCCUAGUGGUGGUAAAAUUCUUAGAAUUCUCUAUGAAGAAAAUGAUGAAUCUGAGGUGGAAAUUAUUCAUGUUACAUCCCCCAUGUUGGAAACAAGAAGGGCAGAUUCAUUCCGCUAUCCUAAAACAGGCACAGCAAACCCAAAGGUCACUUUCAAGAUGUCAGAGAUACUUGUUGAUGCUGAAGGAGGGAUUAUAGAUGUCAUAGAUAAAGAACUGGUUCAACCUUUUGAGAUUCUGUUUGAAGGAGUUGAAUAUAUUGCCAGAGCUGGAUGGACUCCAGAGGGAAAAUAUGCCUGGUCCAUUCUACUAGAUCGUUCCCAGACUCACCUACAGAUAGUUCUGAUCUCCCCUGAGUUAUUCAUCCCAGUGGAAGAUGAUGCCAUGGACAGACAGAGACUCAUAGAGUCAGUGCCUGACUCUGUGACACCACUGAUCAUCUAUGAAGAAACGACAGACAUCUGGAUAAAUAUUCAUGAUAUCUUUCAUGUUUUCCCUCAAACUCAUGAAGAUGAAAUAGAGUUUAUUUUUGCGUCUGAAUGCAAAACAGGUUUCCGUCAUUUGUAUAAAAUCAUAACCAUUUUAAAGGAGAGUAAAUACAAGCGAUCCAACGGUGGACUGCCUGCCCCAAGUGAUUUCAAGUGUCCUAUCAAAGAAGAAAUAGCAAUUACCAGUGGUGAAUGGGAAGUUCUUGGCCGGCAUGGAUCUAAUAUCUGGGUUGAUGAAGCCAGAAAGCUGGUGUACUUUGAAGGCACCAAAGACUCUCCCUUGGAGCAUCACCUGUAUGUGACCAGUUAUGCAAACCCUGGAGAAGUGGUGAGGCUGACUGACCGAGGCUACUCACACUCCUGCUGCCUCAGUCAGCAUUGUGACUUCUUUAUAAGUAAGUAUAGCAACCAGAAGAAUCCGCACUGCGUGUCUCUCUACAAACUCUCAAGUCCUGAAGAUGACCCCGUUCAUAAAACAAAGGAAUUUUGGGCCACCAUUUUGGAUUCAGCAGGUCCUCUUCCUGACUAUACCCCUCCAGAAAUUUUUUCUUUUGAAAGUACUACUGGAUUUACACUGUAUGGGAUGUUGUAUAAGCCACAUGACCUACAACCUGGAAAGAAAUACCCCACUGUGCUCUUCAUAUAUGGUGGUCCCCAGGUACAGCUGGUGAACAAUCGAUUUAAAGGAGUCAAGUAUUUCCGCCUGAAUACCCUGGCCUCCCUGGGUUACGUGGUUGUGGUGAUAGACAAUAGGGGAUCCUGUCACCGAGGGCUUAAAUUUGAAGGCGCCUUUAAAUAUAAAAUGGGUCAAAUAGAAAUUGAUGAUCAAGUGGAAGGACUCCAGUACCUAGCGUCUCAGUAUGACUUCAUUGACUUGGAUCGUGUGGGGAUCCACGGCUGGUCCUAUGGAGGCUACCUCUCCCUGAUGGCAUUAAUGCAGAGAUCCGAUAUCUUCAGGGUUGCUAUUGCUGGGGCCCCAGUCACUCUGUGGAUCUUCUAUGAUACAGGAUACACAGAACGUUAUAUGGGUCACCCUGACCAGAAUGAACAGGGCUAUUACUUAGGAUCUGUGGCCAUGCAAGCGGAGAAGUUCCCCUCAGAACCAAAUCGCUUACUCCUCUUGCACGGGUUCUUGGAUGAGAAUGUUCAUUUUGCACACACCAGUAUAUUGCUGAGUUUUUUAGUGAGGGCUGGAAAGCCGUAUGACUUACAGAUCUACCCUCAGGAGAGGCACAGCAUCAGAGUUCCCGAGUCUGGAGAACAUUAUGAACUGCACCUGUUGCACUACCUUCAGGAGAACCUUGGAUCACGUAUUGCUGCUCUGAAAGUGAUGUAACUCUUAGAAUGCGGGUGUACACUCUCUAACCAAACGCGGAGGAUUAGUCAAUGGAGAAACCAGAGUUGAUGAUCGUACUUUGGUACCCGCCAUGUAAGAUGUACUUCUGAAAGUAAAUUUGGUGCCAAGCAGAAAUCUGCAGUUAAUGGAUAGUAAUCUAAUACCUUAACCAUGCACACAGAACUGAGUGACAUAUUUUCAAGAGAUUCAGCAGUACCACGAGGAUACUGAAAGAAGCAAAGCAUCAGCACCACAUUCACACUAGCCUAUUUUCACAUUCACUAGCCGUAUAAGUCUCUUGGACUUAAUUAGUGGAUUUUACAGUAUACUUCUGAGUUUUCUAAAAUAUGAUGAUAGUAGUGAUUGGUUUGGUUCAAUUCCAGGAUCUCUGACUAGUUAUGGAUUUGAUAGCACUUGCGUCUAAUUGAAUAGCUUAUGCUUCGUCACUUGGGGUGUAUCCAGCAUGUCAUGAACUAAUUACUAUUAAGCUUAUGACUUUCCCAGUCAUUAAUGAUUUUUCAAGGAUAACUUAGUGGCCUCCUAAAGAUACUUACUUGGGCUCUGACAAGUUUUUAACCAAUUUAAACAGCAUCUAGUAUAAGUACUUCUCCUUUUUCUUUAAUGAUAUGAUGGAGUGGGGUUUCCUUUCAUAUAAAGGCAAGUAACUAUGUAGCAUGAGUUUAAUCACAAGUCUCAAGAUGUUGACAAUUACAGGCAAAAAAAGUUUUUUAAUCAAAUUAUUUAAGAGCUUGAAAAUUAGCAGGCAAGUUUUUUUGUCCUUUUAGGGACAGAAAAUGUACACAUUCAUUUGUAUUCUGAAAAUGUAAUGGUGCCCAUUUUCAUUUGGUCUUUCCUUACUAAAAUGUUCCAGAGUUUCCAGGCGGUAGAAGGAUUACAGUGGGAGUGGGGAGACCCUGGUGCAAGGAGUGAUGGGAAAGGAGGCAGCGAGGCUCUGCUUAAGAACUGAGCAGAGAUAGUUCUGCAGAAAUACUCAUGAGAAAACCUGGGUAAUGUAAACUUCCUGAGUGGCUGGGAACCAGAACUAGGAAGUCAGGCUUUGCCAGUACAGCUACAUGGUCAGCAUUCGGAGGAGUACUUUUAUAAUUCCAGCUUUUUGUUAUUUUUCUUUUCAACUUUAGAAACCUUGCAAAUCUAAACUGUAACUUUUUUGUUUGGUUGUUUUUUUUUUUUUUGGUUUCUCAUGACAGGGUUUCUCUGUGUAGCUUUGGAGCCUGUCCUGGAACUUGCUCUGUAGACCAGGCUGGCCUUGAAGUCACCGAGAUCUGCCUGCGUCUGCCUCUGAGUGCUGAGAUUAAAGGUGGCAUGCACCACCAUGACCCAAACUUUUUAUUUGAAUGUAACUUAGAUAUAGAUAGCUUAAAAUAAAAAGUUUCCAGACCACUUGUUUGCCGUAAACUAAUCCCUGACAAACCAUGACGCUCUCAGUGUUGAAGGCCUAUCAACAGUUUUUUAAUCGGCCAUGACAUCCUCCUGGUUUAGCCUUCCUGCUUAACUAUGAAGGGAAUACAUGAGCUUUCAACUGCUGGUUGGUGUCUGCCCUUUAGGGCCUUCCAGUAUUAGAUGGGUCCCACUGGAGCCAGGCACCUGUGGGUUUGACCCUUUUUAAUCACAAACUUCAGUGUUUAGGAAUAGUAAUUUUAAAAUCACUCCAAGAAAACUUGCUGUGUUUUUCCAUACCACAGCCGGUCCCUUCCGAAGAGCAAUCUGUGUUAGUGAGGAUGAUAGCAGUCGGAUCAGAGGUGGUUGGUGCAGGUGACCAUGGGGAAGGGAGGGCUGGUAUCUGCUGGCUGUGUAUUUAUGCUGUAUGAUAGAGUCCACAUUUUUUCUUAUUGUCUAUCUAUUUUGAUUUUCAUGCUUAUGACAUUUUCUCGUGCCAAAAUUUGUUUAUAUUUUUCAAAGUUAAAUUAAACUGAUUUGGGUAACUUUCCUUCCCCAACAAAA